AUGGCGGCCUCCAGGGCAGCGGCGGCCGCGGGCGGGGGCCGCGGGCGGCGGCCGCCGGUGCCGGCGGUGGUGGCCGCCGCGCUGGCGGCGCUUGGCUGGCUGCAGGUGGCGCGCGGCGCCGGGAACCCCCUCAGCGACCCUCUACUACAGCCGUAUUUCCCCUCCCGGCACGGCCCUCCCCACCACCACAGGCACGUCAGGGACUGUCAGCCCCUCAGGUACGGCAACGUAACGCACGAAGCUUGGCCCAGCGACAACAGGACGGGUGGCCCGGUGGCUACCACCAGAACGUUUGUUUCUUACAUCCCCUCGGGGGACAAGGACCGCAAGGUGGUCUACGGCCACUUCACUUUCGUGAGGAACCCCCUGAGGACCUUCUCUGUGCUAGAGCCGGGCGGUGCGGGAGGCUGCCAGGCACGCCGCAGAGCCCCCGUGGAAGAGACCGCGAAGCUCGGGAAGUGUCUGGUGGCCCAGAACGGUGGGUACUUUGACAUGGGAACCGGAGAGUGCCUUGGGAACGUUGUGAGCGAUGGAAAGCUGGUGAGAAACUCUGGAGGUCUGCAAAAUGCUCAGUUCGGCAUCCGGAAGGAUGGCACCAUGGUAUUUGGUUACCUGUCUGAGGAAGAUGUCUUGGAUGAAGCAAACCCUUUUGUGCAGCUUGUGAGUGGGGUAGUUUGGCUCCUAAGAGAUGGAGAAGUGUACAUCAGUCAGAGUCAAAUGGCUGAGUGUGGUGACGUUCAAACCACAGGAACCUUCAACAAGUUCAUCAACGUGAUAUCGGCCAGGACUGCGGUUGGACACGACAGUCAGGGGCAGCUGGUCUUGGUUCAUGUGGAUGGACAGACAGAAUCCAGAGGGGUCAACCUCUGGGAAAUGGCUGAAUUUCUGAAGCAGCAGGGAAUCAUCAAUGCUAUCAACCUGGAUGGUGGAGGGUCUGCAACGCUGGUCUUAAAUGGGACCCUCGCAAGCUACCCGUCUGAGCACUGCUCCUUUGACAACAUGUGGCGUUGCCCUCGGAGCAUCUCGACCAUCAUGUGUAUCCACGAGCCUGCCUGCGAGCCUGCAAACUGCAGCGGUCACGGGGACUGCGUGCAAGGGGAGUGCCGCUGCACUGGGGACUUCUGGAGAGGCCCAGCCUGCGACGUCUUGGACUGUGGCCCUUCCAACUGCAGCCUGCAUGGCAUCUGCACCGGCUCUGGAUGCCUGUGUGAUGCUGGCUGGAUCGGCAGCAACUGCAGCGAAGCUUGCGCGAGCGGUUUCUACGGCACCGCUUGCACCCAGAAAUGCCAGUGCCAGAAUGGUGGCUCGUGUGACCCCGUGCACGGAGCCUGCUCCUGCCCGGCUGGCUACUAUGGCACCAGCUGUGAUCAAGAGUGUCCCCUGGGCUGGUAUGGGCCGAACUGCCAGAAACCAUGUGCAUGUGAACACAUGUGUCCCUGUGACCGGGAGACAGGCAGCUGCAACGUCACCUAUGAAUUGGCAGUACAGGACCAGUUCAACAAAGCUGAGCGGUGUUUGGCUUCCCGGAGUAAGGGAAGGAGCAAAGAAAAAUUCUCUCUGUCAGAAAAAACCUGGAUCUCCAUGACCUCUCUCUUGGUUCUGCUUCUGGUGAUUAGUGCCAUGGGAAACGUAGGCCUUUUUCUCAAGGCCAGGUCAGAGAGGCACCACGAGAGCGGUGACUAUCUCUACCACCCCCUGAGGGAGAUGAACGGAGAAGCCAGCCAUACCUCCACAUCUGCUGCCUGCGAGACAGAAGAUACUCAGGACCAAAGCCAGGCACUGCUUUAGAGCCCCGGAUGAGAAGCGAGGAGGUAUUUUACUUUGCACCUUGGCCUGCGCCGCUCAGCACUGACUGCCACAGAGGCAGUCAGUAAACUGACAGUCUAAAACUGCUGAUGAACCCCACAGCAGCAGCAAGAUACCUCAGCCCAAGAAACUCCCUUGUUUCUGGCCCAGCCCUGCUGAGAAUGCAGCCAGGUCCCCUCCCUUCCUCUGCUGCUCCAGCUGGAGCAAACAAGACGGCGUAAUUACUUGCCACAGGAGGAUGCAGGGCACAAGCCACGGGGCCAGCUUCCACACACCCAGGCGGGUAAGGGAAUUCCACUGCUGCAGCAGGGGAGGGAGUGGGCCUGUUCCCUCCAAUACUUGAGGGAAGCAGGUGAGGGAUGUAACCCAGAGGCACUUCAUAAAGGUCCCUUCUCACCUGAGCAGCAGUGAGUAUUUUUAAGAUGGGAGAUAAAUUGCCUCUAGCAUAAAGCCAGGCUUAAGGAUUGUGUAGUCUGUAACUGUCUGCCCUUCCCUGGUAAGCUCAGAGUUUUAUCAGAAAACUGAAAAAAAGUUGUUUUAAGAUGUUGAAAGAGGUGCAGCACACAAUGAAACCACAGCAUUCUUUCUUCUGGCCACAGCAGGAGGCGCAAAGGCUGACACCCAGGGUUGGGGCUGUCUUGCACCUGACUUUCUUCACCUGGCUUGUGUUGACUGCAGGGCCAGAGUGUUUUCUUACUGAAUCCUUAGUCCUAGGAGCAGUCUAAGAGGUGCUUGAUGAGCACUGCAUUUUUGCUACAGUACAGCAACAUAAAAAGCCUUGUUAGGUCAAAAAUGUCAUUCUCUUGUACCUCCCAGAAGCCGGCAUGCUCUGCCUGGCUGCGUGGGCUGCCACCGAGGGACCGCGGCCUGGAGCUCUCCCACCCGGGGAAGGGGAGAGACAGCAGCAGCCUGGCCGG